AUGCUGUCAGCCACAACCCGUUUUUUCUCUAAUCUGUGCUCUCGGCGACAUAACCGUCUAGAAGACAAGCCCAAUACUUUCCAGGCGGAGUAUCAACAAGCGCAACCAUUGUUAUACGAAUAUCCGACCUUCCCUCCACCGCCUCCUCGAGACAUCCUGGAGCGUCGAUCAGAAUAUACCGCUGUUCUUCGAGGCCGCAAGUAUCUGGUUCCAGAAGGCGUACUGGCCGACAGACCACUUUACGCUCUGUACCGCCUCUACGAGUUCUUUGUUCUAGAUAACGUCACGGGCUACCGAAACCAGCUCGAAUACUCCUGGAAGCAGCGUAGCUGGGCUGUUAGAGAUAUUCCCGACCCUGAGGAGGAGGACCCAGCUCGAUAUGCAUUCCUCGCUUGCAUUCCUGCUUUACUUGUCAGGUCAUUCAAUGAAAGGAUCAAGUUGGGCCUUGCUCGCGACACUCCGGCUAUCAUAUCGCCGGAAGAAGCUGAAGAGCUUAGGACUAGACCGGAGUCAUCUAAGAAGUACGAAGAGGUGCCUGAGUGGACGGAAAAUGUAGCAGCUCUUCCAAACGCUGGUCAUGCCAUCACAUAA